AAUUGGAAAAAAUAUUAUAAUUUAGAAAACGUUGAUUAUAAUAUUACACAUUUUUCUAGAGUGACCAUGAUGUAAUAUGAAUCAGUCGAUCGUUAAGAAUGGUGCAGUGUGACCUUACCAUUUCUAAAAGGGCGGGCGGAUCGAUCGGGCGAGGCCUUCGGCCUGCUGUCAAAUAAGAGAUGAAAUGUCGGGAACCCAGGCUGAAGUCUUGCUGUUGCUGCGUGAAUCUGCGCGCGGGCUGCAGUUUCCUGGCGUUAUUCGAGAUUUUCUCAUCGGUACUAGGCAUUUUUGCCGGAGAAGGUGCUCGGCUAUUGGUGAUUGGCAGGGCUGCCUAUAUGCUGCACUUCCUCGGCUCUAUUUUCCUUCUGAUAAGCACUUACAUGCAGAUCGAAGUGCUGGUCCUCAUAUAUCUCGUGACCAACAUAGUCCAUCUGAUCUUCUCUACCACCUUUCUCAUCGACUACGCCCUAAGCUGCGGUUUCUGCACCCUGGAAGCCAUUCCCGUUUUUUUCACUCUCAUUUUCAGCUUUUAUUUCUGGCUGGUGGCCUUCUCCUAUUGGCGACGCCUUCAAUGGGAAAACAAUCCCGAAAACGACGACUGAGGCUGAGGGGAUAUAUCGUUAAUUCUGGAUCUUGAGUGUUUAUUUGCCUUUUGUAUUUGUUUUGCGCUGUGUACUUUUUCGUUUUUGGCCUUAAUUUCACACUAAUUUGUAAAUUUGCCUUUAAUGCCAAAGACAAAGAAGAAACCGAAAAGAGCAAAGUUCCGCAAAUUGUUUGUACAGAGA